AUGUCCGCUGCCAACGAUGCGCCGGUGCACGCACCCAGCUCGGUGCCGCCAGCGAGUCCACCUCUCCAUGUCGAGCUGAACCAGCCCAACGGCAGUGGUGCCUCCGCUGCCGCCGACUUGGAUCUCAGCGUAGUGCAGGAUCCCAUCUUAGAGCUUUGUCCCUCUCUCGAUAUCCUCAGACGCAUCGUUCGCUCCUCUUCCGUCGAACCACCUCUCAAACGCGCCAAGCUCAGUCGCGCUCUGCUCCGUGCUGCUAGCAAUGGAGACACCGACAUGCUCUCUUGGCUGCUCGAUUCCCGAGCAGAAGCGCGCCAAAUCAUUUCCCAUGCUACCCCGGGCUCCAACGGGAGGUCCAAGAUCGACUUCGAUCAGAUUCGCGACGAAGAAGGUACGGGUCCCGUUGUGCUAGCCACCUGCGCUGGCCAUAUCGAUGCCGUCACCAUGCUCGUCAUCAACGGAGCGGAGAUCGACGAACGCGACGCUUGCGGCUGGACCCCUCUCAUGUGGGCCAUCAACAGCUCCAACUUGCCUCUUGCCAGCUUCUUGCUCAGCCGUGGCGCAAAUGUUGACGCAAAGAGCACCAAGGGCACUACAUGCGAGGACUUCAUCCUCUCAGCUGCUCCCGAGGCCGCAUUCUCCACGCCCGCCGGUGCAGAGCAGGCUGUUACGGCGUCCUCGUCCAAGUCGGCUCCUACCGAGCAGCAAGCCAUCGCAGACCUCAUCUACGAACAUCAGCGGUACGUCUCGGUCCAGCAGUCGGCUGCACAGCGCCUCAACAGUCUCUUCCUCGACAACUCGCCCGACCGCCAACAAUCGCCUUCGCUGGCAGAUAGCGACCGACAAAGCAACUCUGCCAGCCCAACGCGGUCAUCUCGGCCUUCGACCUCGGCGUCUCCGACAAAGGCCUUCAGGCCUGGCCAUUCGAGAACCGGCUCGCAACUCACCCAGCGCAGGCUCGUCGGACGCUACGAGCGUGCACACCUUGCAGAGCAAAAGAAUCGACAGAAGGAGCUCAGCGAUACCCGCAAGAGCGCUCUCGCCGACAUUGCCACGCUUCUCGAACUAGAUCUCUACGCACUCAUAGGAGAGCCGAGCGGGACCGAGGUUCCCUUCAGCCCGCAUGCCGACGAACGUGCAGGGCCCUCUGCCACCUUUGCACGUCGCAGAAGGAGAGGAGCAGCAAAGACGGUGCAUUCCGAUCUUGCUUCUGGCUGUGGAGCUGCUGAAGUUGGCGCCGACCUUCUUUCGGUCGAAUUCGAUUGGAAAAGGGUCCGCAACGACCAGAUGCUCGUAUUUGGUUCCAACGAUAUAGAGCCGUUGCUUGGCAUGCUCAUCACCAACAUCAAGCCCGUCCGUGCUCCCUGGACCUCGCGCGCCGCACCCGCCAACGUCCUCUUCCUCUGUGCCCGAUAUGCCUGCUUCCUGCAAGACGAAGACCUGCUCGAGGAGCUUUUCCUUGGCGCUAUCGACCGCAUCGAAGGUUCCAUCUAUUCGCACCCCACCGACAUGACCUACCUCGCUUUUUGGCUCUCCAACUGCUGCUUACUCUACUACUACAUGGACAAGGAUCGUACACUUCGCAAGUCGAGCUCCGUCAAAGAGUAUCGUAGCUUGUUAGCCGAUCUGCUGAACGAGAUCUUUGUUUUCAUCAUCAGAGACGCAGAAAGGAGGAUAGACAAGGUGCUGGAUGCGGCCAUGUUGGAUCACGAAGCUAUUCCUGGAUUCGAUGAGGUUCGCUUCGAAGGCGAAUGGAAAUUCAUGAAGACUUUGGCGGGUAGUGUCAAGGGGAUCAGUCAGGGGGGCUCGCUGGGGCAAGGCAUGUCUUCGAGUCCCAGCAAGGCUUCGCUCAGUCAGCUCUUUGGUUCUGGUCGAAGGGAAGACGUUCCUUCACCGAGCAAUCCCGGAACAAACACACCAGAAUCGACGCGGCUGUCGUCUUCGCCUUCCAUUGGAAACGGUCGUCCAUCCAAUCCAUUUGGUCCGGCGACCAUCGGCCAUUCCGGAUUCCGCACUGCGGGCGCCGGCGGAGGCGGCGAAGGCUCUCCGCGCAAAGGAGCUCUCGGCGACUCUUUCCGCGCCAUACGCGAGGUCUCUUACAACGCCUCUGCGACCGACCUGCUCAAUGCACCCUCACCACGAACCAUCACCUCGCUGCUUUCGUCGACACUUCAAGUGCUGCAGUUCUACGAGAUCAAUCCAGCCAUCAUCAUCCAGGCUCUAUCGCAGGUCUUCUUCUGGGUCGGCUGCGAGCUGUUCAACCGCGUCAUCUCCCGCAAGCGCUACGUGUGCCGAUCUCGCGCCAUUCAGAUCCGAAUGAACGUCAGCGCGCUCGAGGACUGGGCACGUUCCAACGCACUUCCACUCGGCAUCGUACAUGCUCAUCUCUCGCCGCUGCUUCAGCUGAUAUCUUGGUUGCAGUGCCAGAGCUCGUUGCAAGAGUUCGACGGCCUGAUCGCGACUAUGCAAGGGUUGAAGGCGCUGACACCGGUUCAGAUGAAGAGGGUUGUCAAGGACUAUCGAUACGAAGUGGGAGAGACGAGGAUGAGCGAAGAGUGUCUGCAGUAUUUGGAUCAGUUGAUACUGGAUUGGAAGAGGAGGCAGGACGAUCAGAUCAGACAGGCUAAGGAGGAGGCGAGGGCGGUACAGCAGAGGAAGAAGAAGGUGAAGAAGCAGACUUCGCAUCAUCAGAGAUCGGGUACGGCGAAACAGGAGGAUUACACGACAGAUGUGCCACAGACGCUCUCGCUCGAUCAGGAGUCGCUGGACGUGGAGGAGGAUGACAGCGACGGAGAGGGGGAGGAUUUGGCUCCGGCGGAUGCGAUCGAUGGUCAAGCCGACGCCAGCAUCAACAGCAACGGUACGGCCAAGCUCACGAGCACACACGAUGACGGACUGCUCACAGUGGCAGAGGCAACCGCACGUUCGGCUCAGGCCAUGAUCGAUGGACUCUUUGCACCGGGCAAAGGUAUGACGGAUUACGUUCCACCGUGGACUGCUUCGGGCCCUCCGCUGGGCUUGCACGACGACACAGGGUCUGCGGCCGGAAGUGUUCCGCCUUCGCCGGCCAAGGAAGACGGUCUGUUGAACAGCCGAGAGAUGCUGCCUUUCGCUUUGCCUUCUCGACGCAAUGCGCUCAUCGUUACCCCCGGCGAUGCGUUCGGAUUUGGAAGGGGACACUUUACCGGCACGGGCACGCCGUCGGUGCGAAGCGUCAAUGGCGAUUCUGAAUCGAGCAACCCUGGCUCUGCAGCAAGUUCGCGUCGUUCUUCCAUCGCUUCUAGUUCUUCUCUCCGAAAUCAUCGUUCCGAGGAUGAGGGUGAUGAUACCGCUGGUUUGGUCAUGGGGGACUUGGUCGCGCAAGAUGAAGAGAUGGCGAGCGAGACGUCGUCGCACACGGAUGCGAGCAACGUCAGUCGAGCGAGUAGCCUGUUUCCUUCGGGUCAAGGGUUUGCAGCGGGCGGAUACUGGUCCCCCGUACCUCUGCUUCCGGAUGGAAUGCUUGAUCGGAUCGAUGCAAUGCUGAAAGCCGCAGCUGCACUGUUGCCUACGCAAGGCGACAGAUCGAAGAACAUCCUGUUGGCAGACCAUGCAUCGGACGAAUACCUCCCGCUCAAAAUAGCCUCUCCGACUUUCGACGGCGGUGGUUUCGACGUCGGCGGCGGAAUGCCAAAGUCGAGCAGGAUCAUCAUUCCACGCAGGGAAGACUCGAUCCUCCAAUCGCCCAAGAAGGAAGCCAUCGCGAGGCUACCCGGCUCAACAGGCGAUACGAGCUGGGACGCCGAUGAGUUUGGGACGCGGAUGCAGCUGUCGCUGCCUCAGGGUUUCAAUGGCGAUUCGGAGGAAGACGUCAAGACUCCGGGACCGUACAGGAAGGACACAUUGAAGGCUUCGCUCUUUGGCUAA